AAUUUUUUGUACAAUUAUGGAUUACAAAAAUAUUCUUGUUGGUAUAGGAAAUCCUCUUUUAGAUAUAACAGCAAAUGUGGACAAACAAUUUAUACAAAAUCACAGUCUUGAGGAAAAUGGUUCUAUGCUUGUUACAAAAAAAUAUAUGGACGAAUUGUAA